CGUGCCAUCCAUUCUUUUCACGUCAGAAAGGAGGAAAAACAUCAUCAAAAUAGAUGGUACAAAAGUGAAAUUUGCCAACAGAAAAGCCGUGCAUUUCUUGGUCCACCUGGAGAAAAGUGCAUCUCAAGUGUUCUUAUACAUCAGUGAUGUGGAAUUUUGCAAUUUGGGAACUCGCACUGUCGAUUAGAGUAGAUUUUCGUUGACCUCGUCGCCCCCCAUUCAUUUCGCGCACCCCCGUCGCCCUCGCGCUCAGCUGCCCUUUUUUGCCGUCGCACAACCCCGAGAGGCCCCACGGGCGAGACUCUGAGCCACACCAGCCACUUACGGACGAGCACUUGCGCUCUCACGCUCACCUUUCGGACAGCGACUCCCGGACAUCAAGAUGAUCCGACCGAACGCACCGAAGAAGGAGAGCAAAAUGCGAAUCAGGGCAUUUCCGAUGACUAUGGACGAGAAGUACGUGGAAUCGAUUUGGGCAUUGCUGAAGAAUGCCAUUCAGGAGAUUCAGAAGAAGAACAAUUCGGGAUUGUCGUUUGAGGAAUUGUACAGGAAUGCGUACACGAUGGUGCUGCACAAGCACGGUGAGCGGCUGUACGCUGGUCUGAAGGAAGUGGUCACGCAUCAUCUGGACACGAAGGUGCGCGUGGAGGUGGAGCAGAGCCUGAACAAUAACUUCUUGCAGACGUUGAAUCAGGCGUGGAAUGAUCAUCAGACGUCGAUGGUGAUGACGAGGGAUAUUCUCAUGUACAUGGACCGCGUCUAUGUGCAGCAGCACGAUGUGGAGAAUGUUUACAACUUGGGUCUCAACAUCUUCAGGGAUCAGGUGGUGCGCUAUCCGCCCAUCCGGGAGCACCUGCGUGAGACGCUGCUGAGCAUGGUGAUGCGGGAGCGCAAAGGCGAGGUGGUGGACCACAUUGCCAUCAAGAACGCGUGUCAGAUGCUAGUGGUGCUGGGUAUCAACAGCCACUGGGUGUACGAGGAGCACUUCGAGAGACCCUUUCUGGCCCAAUCAGCGGCCUUCUACAAGAUGGAAUCUCAGAAGUUCAUUUCCGAGAACAGUGCCAGUGUGUACAUCAAGCGGGUGGAGACGCGCAUCACGGAGGAGGCGGAACGGGCGAAGCUGUAUCUAGACAAGCAGACGGAGUCGCGCAUCAUCACAGUGGUGGAGGAUGAACUAAUCAAGAAGCACAUGCGCUCGAUAGUGGAGAUGGAAAACUCCGGAGUGGUGUACAUGUUGAAGAACAGGAAGGUGGAGGAUUUGGCGUGCAUGUACACACUGUUCUCGCGAGUAGAUGACGGCCUGAAAACGAUUGUGGAUUGCGUGUCAGGAUACUUGAGGGAGCAGGGCAGGAUGCUGGUGAAGGAGGAGGAGACUGGCACAAAUCCCAUCACGUAUGUGCAGAACUUGCUCGAUCUCAAGGAUCGCUUCGAUCACUUCCUCAAUCAGUCCUUCAACAAUGACAAAAUCUUCAAGCACAUGAUAUCGUCAGACUUUGAGCACUUUCUUAAUCUCAACAGCAAGUCACCAGAGUAUCUCUCGCUCUUCAUCGACGACAAGCUCAAGAAGGGUGGAAAGGGCAUGACGGAGCAGGAGAUUGAGACAAUUUUGGAUAAGACGAUGGUUCUCUUCCGUUAUUUGUUGGAGAAGGAUGUGUUUGAGCGCUACUACAAGAAUCACUUGGCCAAGCGACUCCUACUUAACAAGUCUGUGAGCGACGAUUCUGAGAAGAACAUGAUUUCAAAGCUAAAGACUGAGUGCGGCUGCCAGUUCACAUCGAAGCUGGAAGGCAUGUUUAAGGACAUGUCAGUAUCAAACACGAUAAUGGAGGAGUUCAAGACACACGUGAUGAACGAGGGCAUCUCACUGUUUGGCGUGGACCUCACUGUGAGGAUACUGACGACAGGCUUCUGGCCCACGCAGUCCGCAACACCAAAUUGCAAUAUUCCCAGUGCGCCACGUCAGGCUUUUGAAACUUUCAAGAGAUUCUACCUGGCCAAGCACUCUGGGCGUCAGUUGACGCUGCAGCCGCAAAUGGGCACGGCGUACAUCAAUUCUGUCUUCUACGGGUGCGCCAAGGUGGAUGCUGAGAACAAGGACGGCGCCAGCUCGAGUUCGGGAAGCAUCACCGGUGGGCCGACAACAACGCGAAAGCACAUUCUGCAAGUAUCGACCUAUCAGAUGUGCGUGCUCAUGCUGUUCAACAAUCGCGAUCGGCUGACUUAUGAGGAAAUUCAGCAGGAGACGGAUAUUCCGGAGAAGGAUCUGAUCAGAGCACUGCAGAGUCUCUCAAUGGGCAAGGCGGGUCAGCGACUACUCGUGCGAACGCCCAAGACAAAGGACAUCGAGCCGACGAAUGAAUUUCUGGUGAACGAUGCGUUCGUGUCCAAGUUCCAUCGUGUGAAGAUCCAAACAGUGGCCGCCAAGGGCGAGUCAGAGCCGGAGAGGAAGGAAACACGCAGCAAAGUGGACGAAGAUAGGAAGCAUGAAAUCGAGGCCGCGAUUGUGAGGAUUAUGAAGCUGAGGAAAACUAUGUCUCACAAUAUGUUGGUGUCCGAUGUGACGAGUCAACUGAAGGCGCGUUUCUUGCCGUCACCUGUAGUCAUAAAGAAGCGAAUAGAGGGUCUGAUUGAGCGUGAAUAUUUGGCCCGCACGCCCGAAGAUAGAAAAACCUACGUGUACUUGGCAUAAAAGACACACACAUCGUUUUUGGUCUUUAGGAUUUGGUGUUGAAGUGAGGCGUUACAGGAGAGGCGCCAGAAGGAUAGGAAGUGAGUGAAAGAGAGAAAAGGAUGAAAUUUUUGUCUUGUAUAAUUGAAAUUUUCCGUGGAUUUGUAAGAGAGAGUGUAGAGAAGUUACGACAGAGCGAUAAGAGGAACUCUACUUACGAUUUCUGUUUCAUUAAUGACGAGAGCAGAAAUGAUUUUGUCAUUGCUAAAUUCAACCCUGUCGAAUUGAGAUUUCUGGUUCAAAGAUUAAUUCACUGGAAAGGUCAAUAAAUGAUUUUCAAUUA